AUGGCUCCCCGCUCUCAGAUUGAGAUUGUUACUUCCUCCGUCACUCGCCUGGUGAAGGAAGAGGCUUCCUACCACCGUGAGCUGGAGCAGCAGGCUCAGCGAAUCAAGAAGCUGGAGUCUGGCGGCGGUGAUGAUGAUGAGAACAGGGAGUACCUUAUCAAGCAGGAGCAUCUGGCUCUGGAGGAGACCAAGAAGGUCCUACCCAAUCUGAAGCAGAAGAUCGUCGAUGCUGUGAAGAACUUGGAAGCUCUGAUCACUGAGGAGGGUCAGAAGGGUGCCGAGAGCAAUGUGCAGCACAUUACCGCUGCCAAAGAGGCCAUUGCCCAGGCGAAGAUUGCCGAGCGUGAGAUUUCAUAA